UCUCGACUCUCAACUCUGAACCAGCCAGGCAAUGCAUCACCCCAUUUUUUUUCUUUCUCUUCUGUCCCACAACAUUGUUAUUUUCCUUUUUUUUUUUUCUCAUUUCUCGCCGUCCACUCCAGCCAUGGAUGAAGGACCUGCAGUGAAAAUCUUCAACGCAACGGAGAUACACAUCUUUGGUGAUAAUUUGUUUGUAUGCCAGAUUCCGAAUAAGGUAUUCUCCACGAGCAGCAUCUGGUUCGGAGAUAACCCAUUGACCUACUCUGCACCUCUUAUUAUGUUCCAAGUCUCUAUUGCAAGUAUAACCCUCCGAACCACCGCCUUCUUACUCAAGCCUCUUGGACAACCUACGAUCGUCUCUCAUAUCAUUGGUGGUAUAAUACUAGGUCCCUCAAUUCUAGGGCGCAGCGAGAUCGUUAAGAAAAAUUUGUUCCCUCCAACAGGCAUAAUGGUACUGGAUACGGUGGGAUGGUUUGGCCUCAUGUUCUUUAUGUUCUUGGCAGGAGUAAAGAUGGAUCCAUCGAUGAUAAGACACACAGGACGAAAGGCCAUGACCCUAGGCUUGUCGGUGUUCUUUCUUCCAUUGGUCGUAGCCAUAUCCAUGGCCUUCAUCCUAGGAAGAUAUGUCCCCAUGGAGACAGGUCUGAAAAAUUCGCUUCCUUAUGUAGCUGCAUCCCAGUCUAUAACGGCUUUUCCUGUUAUCUCUGGCCUCCUGGCUGAGCUCAAGAUCCUCAACACCGAUAUUGGCCGGCUUGCCAUGUAUUCAUCUCUUUAUGGGGACCUAAUUGGUAUCUGCGCAACAGCGGUGUCUUUCGUAAUUCAGAAACAACACGGUGAUCAAGUACUGCCAGCAAUAUGGGAGACGUUAACAUCCAUAACAAUGGUGGUGUUCAUCAUCUUCAUCGUCAGACCGGCAAUGUUGUGGGUUAUCAAACAGACACCCGAAGGGAAAUCUGUGCAAGAGCUUCAUAUCUUCGCCAUCUUUGUUGCAGUUCUCGUGGCCGGACUUGUCAGUGAGAUCAUAGGCCAACAUAUGGUGUUAGGCCCAUUGGUUCUGGGGUUGGCUGUGCCAGAUGGUCCGCCCUUGGGAGCAGCCUUGGUAGAGAGGCUGGAUACCGUUAUGUCGGAAUUUCUCUUACCCAUCUUCUUCGUCGUCAGUGGUUUGAAAACCAACUUGUCGUCCGUACAACCAAAGGCCUCGUGGGUUCUGGCGCUUGUUGUCAUCUCAUCGAGUCUGGUCAAGAUUGCUGCAGUGAUGUUGCCUUCCCUUUUCUGCAAGAUUCCAAAGCAACAUGCUUUGAUUCUCGGAAUUAUUUUCAAUGCCAAAGGCAUAAUUGAGAUCACCAUCUACAAUCUAUGGAAGGACGGAAAGGUAAAGCUCCCUCCACCUCCCUUUUCUUUUCUUUUUUCCUUCAUCUUCCAUUUACUAAGACCACUUAGUUAUGCCAAUUACCAACAGAUAUUGAACGAGCAAGUAUUCACCCUUGCAAUAAUCUCAGUGGUCAUUGUAAUGGGCAUUGUCACACCACUUCUGAAAACCCUUUACGAUCCUUCACAGAAAUACAGACCCACCAAUAGAAGAACCAUCCAACAAAACAACUGCGAUGGUGAGCUCCGGAUACUUGUGUGCGUGAACGGCCAAGACAGCGUACCCACCAUCAUCAAUCUCCUUGAGUUCUCACAUGCCACCCAACAGAGCCCUAUAUCUCUCUUAGUGCUAAACUUGGUUGAGCUUGUUGGUCGCGCAUGCCCCAUCCUCGAACCCCACGAGGAGGCACAUGCCAUCCAAUCUCACAUUUCCAGUAAAUCCGACCAAAUCGUGAAUGCAUUUAAGCAAUACGAAUUGCACAGUCAGGGCAAUGUGAUGGUCCAUCCAUUCACUGUCAUCUCCCAUUUUUUCACCAUGGAUGAAGACGUGUGCCGAGUUGCAUUCGACAAUGAAGUGAUCAUCAUGAUCCUCCCAUUUCACAAGCGAUGGACGGUUGCUGGCUCAGUAUGGACACCCAAUACUGGGCUCAAAACCAUGAACCGAAAAGUCUUGGAUAAGGCACCUUGCUCUGUCGGAAUUCUUGUUGAUCGUCGAAUACUUGGAGGGCUUACGGCGGCGGAGCUUCUACUGGAUCCAGUGUUGUCUUAUCGGGUGGCUAUACUCUUCAUGGGUGGAUCUGAUGAUGGAGAAGCAUUGGCCUACAGUGCACGAAUGGCCCGAUGUCGAACUGUCAUCUUGACUGUAAUUAACUUCCUUCCAGCGAAAAGAAACAACAAUCACGACAACAUUAAUGAGGCAGAUAAGAACAAAAGCGUGCUGGAGGAUUUUAUGCUCAACAGUGCAGGGAAUGACCGGAUUGAAUAUAGAGAAGAGGUGGUUAGAGACGGAGAAGAGUUGGUUACCGUCAUCCGAGGAAUGGUGCACCAUGGCUAUGACCUUGUCAUCGUUGGGAGACACCAACACAAAGACUCCACACUCCUAUCAGGCCUCAAAGAGUGGAGCGAAUGCCCAGAGCUUGGUGUCAUCGGAGAUAUGCUUGCUUCACAGGAUUUGGAAGCGACCUUUUCAGUUUUGGUCAUUCAGCAGCAUCGAUUAAGAGUAGUUAAGAGAGGCUUCAAGUUGAUUAAUAGGAGUAUGGCUAAUCGGCCCACUACUACUGUCCAAAAAGAUAAUAAUAAUAAUAAUAAUGUGGUGCAAACAGAUAAUAAUGUGGCUCAAGAUGUACAACCCGAGCUGAAUCAGGUGUAGGGAAUUAAGGGAAAGAAAAACAGUUCUAAAUUAGAUUAGUUACUGCUGCACCAACCAACUAAAAGAUUAGAUUUAGACUGGUGUAUUUCACAUGUAAAUUGAA